UCAACUUCCUUUCUGAUCACUGCCCAAUGCUUCUCCAGUGUGGUACCCCGAUCUCCCCCAAAGGCAGGCCCUUCAGAUUCUUCAAUAUGUGGCUUAAACAUGACAGAUUUCAAGACUUGGUUUCCCAUUCAUGGCAGCCUGAGGUUAAUGGAACUAAGCAGGUCUCUCUUUGUUCUAAACUAAAGCGCCUAAAACCAUCCUUGAAAUCUCUCAACAAACAUGUUUUUAGUCAUAUAUCUAACAGAGCUUUGGAAGCCAAGGAGGAUUACUCAAAAAUUAUGAAGGACCUUAUGAAUGAUCCCAAUAACCAAACUCUCUUGGACCUGGCUGAAGCUAAAAGGAAGCAGGCCAACUUCCUUCUUGAUGCUGAAUUGGAGUUCUACCAGCAAAAGGCAAAAUGUGACUUUCUUAUGAAGUCUGACAGGUGCACUUCUUACUUUCAUUCGUUGGUCAAGAAGAAUAGAAGGAAGAAUGCUAUCCCUUUUUUGAUCAAGGAGGAUGGAGCUAAAACCAUUUCCAGUGAUGAAGUAGCUAGUUGCUUCUUGGAGUACUACACUGGACUAUUUGGGAACACUAGCCCAACUGAAACCAUUAAUGUUGCAAUAUUGGAAACGGGGAAUUUGGUUCCCCUCUCUGCUCAUUCUGCUUUGCUUGCUACUGUCACUAUUGAGGAAGUAAAGGAAGUGGUCUUUGAUAUUGGAAACGACAAGGCCCCCGGCCCUGAUGGGUACACUGCUGCCUUCUUCAAGAACCAGUGGGAAACUGUGGGUCAGGACGUCUUUGGAGCUAUUUUGGAGUUCUUCACUACUAGUAAAUUGCUUAAGCAGUUAAAUCAUGCUAUGAUUGUCUUGAUUCCUAAAACUACUCACAACCCUACUGUGAAGGACUUUAGACCCAUUUCAUGUCUAAACGUCCUUUAUAAAGUGAUUACCAAAAUCCUUGCUAGGCGUAUGGCUCCUCUUCUCCCACAACUCAUUGAUCCAGCACAGGGGGCCUUUGUCCAGGGUAGAUCACUAGUGGACAACCUCCUUCUGGCCCAACAUUUGAUCAGAGAUUAUGCCAUCAAGAGGUCCACACCUAGUUGCAUGAUUAAACUGGAUAUCUCCAAAGCCUAUGACACUGUCUCUUGGAGCUUUCUUGAGGAGGUGAUGCUUGGCCUGGGCUUCCCAGUUACCUUCAUUUCCUUCGUUAUGGAGUGUGUGACUUCUGUCUCCUCGUCUAUUAUGGUUAAUGGGGAAGAUGAUAUUAUGCUUUUCUCCCGGGCAGACUUCCACUCAGUGCACAUCCUUAUGCAUUCCUUGGAACACUUUUCAAGUGUUUCUGGUCUAACCUUGAAUCCUACUAAGUCCAAUAUAUUUAUCGCUGGGAGACUUAGGGAUGCUAGCCAAGACAUCCUGGAUUUGGCCCCCUUUCCUCGUGGACACCUCCCGUGGCAGCCUAAGAAGAGAUACUCCGUCCUCUUCAAAAGGCUUGCAUGUGUGCGAGAGCUUCUUGUCCAGAAGCUUGGCAGCCAUAACUCCUCCAUGGAAGUGGCUAUGCAGAUUGUGUGUGAGGGCGAUAACCUUGUUCCGAGCAAGGUGUAUGAUUUGCUUAGGGUGAAGGCCAACCCCAAGCCUUGGAUGGCUUUUAUUUGGCACUCGACUAUUCCUCCUAAAUGCUCCUUUACGAUGUGGCUAGUAUUUAGGAGGAGGCUGCCCACUAAAUCAAAUUUAGAGUUUCUGGGCCUGCCUAUGGAGUGUACCCUCUGUGGGGAUACCCUUGAGGACAUUGAUCAUUUGUUUUUUGGGUGUGUAAUCUCAAAGCAGGUUUGGGAGGCCAUUAAGCAGUGGUUACGGAUUGAUGGGCACCUGAGCACUCUUGAUAGAGCUGUUCGUUGGAUGAAGACCUUUCGAAGAGGUGAUGCUGUUCUUAAGAAGGCUAGGAGGAUUGGCCUGGCAUGUACUGUUUUCCAGAUUUGGAAACAACGUAAUGCUACCCUUUUCGAUCAAGAACCUAUUCAUGUUGAGGGUAUGAUUUUUAAAAUCAAAGUGAUGGUCUAUUCCAUUUUGGGGAGACUCUGGCAUACGUAUUCCCUCAUCUUUUGAUCCAUUUUGUCUUUGUUCGGAAUUGGCUUGUUGUCAUUUC